AUGCGUAGUGAAGGAUCGAAAAUUUAUGUUGGAAAUUUACCUGAUGACAUCCGUGAACGGGAUGUGGAAGAUUUAUUCUACAAAUAUGGAAGAAUAAGAAAUAUUAAAAUAAGGGGCAGACAUGGCGGUCCAGCAUUUGCAUUUGUUGAAUUUGACGAUUGGAGAGAUGCAAGAGAUGCAAUUCAGGGACGUGAUGGAAUAAGAGUAGAAGGUAGUAGAAUUCGUGUUGAAAUGGUCAAAGGAAAUGGACCACGUGGUCGUGGAGGAUUUAGUGGUGGAAGAAAUGAUUACCAAGAUGUCCGAUCAAGGCGUGGAAAUUACAGACAGUCAACAGGAUAUAGUGUUAGAGUUAGUGGUUUGCCUCCUUCAGGAUCAUGGCAAGACCUUAAAGAUCAUAUGAGAUCUGCUGGUGAAAUAGCUUUUGCCGAUGUAUACAAAGAUGGUACAGGAAUUGUUGAGUUUCGUUCACCUUCAGCUGUUGAUAAGGCUAUAGAUGAAUUAGAUAACUCUGAAUUUACUUCACAUGAAAAAGAAAAAUCAAGAAUUCGCCUUAGUAGAGAGACAAAACGUGAUCGUUCUGGUUCUAGAAGUCGUUCACGUACUCGUAGUCGUAGUCGUAGUCGAAGCCGCAGUCGUAGUCGUAGUCGUACACCAUCUGAUCGCCGAAGUCGCAGUACAUCAGUUAAAAGAAGUAGAAGUGAUUCACCAGGUAAAAGUAGAUCUAGAUCAAGAUCGAGAACAAGAACACGUUCUCCAUCUAUAGACAGAACUCCAAGAAGUGCCUCACGUUCUCCAAAGUCGAGAAGUCGUUCAGGUUCAAGAGAUCGUCGUAAUGGAAGUGACAGUCGUAGAAGUCAUUCUAUGUCUAGAUCCCCAACACCUGAAUAA